GUGGCAGUGUGUGUCCCUGCCUGUGGAGAGCAGCAGCGCGCAGCGCCUCGUUUGACUUUAGAAGAAGAAGGAGAUGUUUGCGUCACACGGAGGGCUCAUGAUGGCGGUUGAUUUGACUCCUCGGUUCAGACGCUUGAACAGUCAAACUAGAAGCUUUCGUGAAAAUAUACAGCAUGGGUUCUCUGGGCCCUUUGGUGCCACCCAGCUAUGGCAGAACAUCAUCCAGGCCCUGCAAACCCAGGUGGAGGUGCGUCGCUGUAGAAGGAAUCUCCGUGUUCAUGCCGAAUGUUUCACAGGCUCCGACGCUGUGGAUGCUGUCCUCAGUUAUGUGAUGCAAAACGUGGUGUUUUGCACGAGUGAAGUGUCUCGACUCAAAGCUGCUCGACUCUGCCAGGCUCUGAUGGAGGCCAAGGUGUUUGAACCGGUGGGUACGAAACUGUUUCGCAGAGACAAAGAAGUGACCUUCGAGGACAGCAGCAGCAGCCUUUACCGUUUUCUGGAAUAUAAAGUACUACCCAGUUCACCCAUGAAAGAGUCCAAUAGUGACACAGAGAACAUGCUGCCGGAGGAACGGGAGAUAAAGAGAAAGAAGAGGACCAGGCUGAAGGAACUUAGGACGAUCUCUAAUCCCCUUGCUGUCGGACCAUCAGACAGGAGGGUUGAGAGACUGCUGAAGAACAUCAACCUGCAACCAACUUUGGCUCCAGCUCUAAACACAACACCCACUACUUCUGCCUUUCUAUCCAAGGCUGUGGUGGAUGAGGUUUGGAAGCAGCAGACUCUGCUGCAGCUGCUGCAGAUGGUAGAGUUGCCUGUGCUGGACUGUAUACUGACCUCUCCUGCAAAGGUUUAUAUCCAUGCAUGCAGAACUCCUCUGGCCAACCAAGACCUGGUUAUUUCGAACACAUGCCUGGAGAGAGAGCUGCCGGACACCCUUAAUCUGCCCCAGUUGGAUGAGUGGCUGUCUGCAGCGGCAGACUGCUUGGAACUCUUUCCCGACCAGCUCAUCGUGGUUGCAGGAGAACAGCUCAGCCAGCAAGGUGGCAAUGCCUUUUCAGAAGAUGAGCAGGCGAGUCGAAAGAGACUGCUCUUCGACACUAUUGCCAAAUACUACAGUGGACAGGAAAAAGCUCCACUUCUCUCGGGACGCCACCUGGACAUACAUGCUGCAAUUCUGAAUUUGCUGGAUGAAGGGAAGGUGCAGGAUGCCAUCAAAGCAUCUCAGUUGUGUUUGCGACUGCUGGACACGAGCGUGAGAGAUGAACUUAGGAGACUACUGGCCUUUAUGGCUACAGCAGCUCACCCAGAAGCAUGCCGUCUUCAGAAACAGAGCAAUAACAGGGCCUUGGUGUGCCGCACCUUCCAGAGAGCAAUUGUUCAGAAUCAUGAACUGACUCGAUCCCAGAGCGAAACUCUGGUGCUGUUUCUCAUGGAAAACUGCAACGAGCUCUUCAAGACUCCUACAUCCCUUAUCGAAGCUGUGCGGAGAACACUGAGGACUUUGCAGCAGGGAAAAGAUCCUGACUCAAUUGCCACUUUCACCUUCUGCCAGCAGGUAACGCCACAGGAGUACGAGGACCAGCGAGAGGCUACCACCCUGGACAGCCUCAAACAACUUCUCCGUGACAUUUCCUCGAGCAAAACAUUACCCGCCAAGGAGAGGAGGAGGCUGCUCAAGGAGUUUGAAAAACAUCACCCCGUGGUCUUCCUCCAGCAUCUCUCCAGCACCUUCUGAAACACACAGCUGAAGGGUAUCGCUUUGACCUCCUAGGUCGUACUUCGCAAAGGCGGUACAGCAGUGGUGGUAUGGGGCUUACACUGGAGAAUGGUAAUGAUUUAAUGCACAACAUGAAUCUAAUUAAAAAAUGCUGUUUUUCUAAUCUCACCCAAUGUCUGCUCGUAGAGACGGACUAACACCAUCAGCGCAGAUGUUGCUGUAAUUAAUGCUAAUAGGAAAUAAUUUCUUUAAGUCACAAGAAGCCUUCGUUAGUUGAUGUUUUAUUCAUAGAGAUGCUUUCUUUUUUGACAGUUCUUACUGUCCUGUAGCACUAGCAAUCAUUAUCUAUCUGAUAAAUUUGCAAUUUGAUGAAGCAUUUCUGAGAUCUUUGUUUGUUUAAGCCACAGACACGAUUAUAGUAGUUUUGCACUAGAUUAUAUGACAUAGCCAAAACAUUGGUGACUCUGAUUUGAUGUCGAUGAUAAGAGGUUUUCUUUUUUUGUGCUGGAUUGUUCAGGCAUUACUAUAGAAUACAGUAUAUGUCUAAGUAUAAACAAAAAGGGAUAACUGACAAUUAGUGACCAGCUCGUGGACUAAGUAUUGUUCUUCUUGAUACUGUAUUUGCUGCAUAAAGCUAGUGUCUUAUCCUGAAGAGAUAUCUAAGUUAGGCUGACGUGGGCUUUGGACACGAAUCUGUGGUUUGGAGAAUAAAUGCGGCGCACUUUUAUCAAGCAUGAACCUUUCUACGAAUGAAGAAUAGCAAUAUUAAAGCAGUAAUUUUGCUUCUUGACAGCAUGCUGUAGUGUGCUUAGGGGAAAAACACUAAUGUAGCUGAAUAAGUGUUAACAGUUGUAAGUUGUUUUCGUGAAGAAAGAAUUAAAACUAACAUGUAAUGAAAGCAGAAAGGGUCCAAUAAUGUAUUAGGCUAACCAUAACUCAGGUUAUAAUCGUGCUUUUAGUGCCAGUAUCUUGGUCAAAUGUCUUUUUAAUUGUAACGUUUUAGGAUUUUUACUUGAAAAGUGGACUUUCUGUGUCACAAAUGAUGAUUUAAUAUUAUUUUAGGCAACUAAUUUAAUUUUUAGUUCGGCGUGAUGCCUCAGUUGGACUCUAUUCUUUUAACUCAUGAAGCCAUAAUUUUAGUAAUUUAUAGUCAGACCUCAUCUCAGUCAGCAUCUUUUGUUCAUUACAUACACUAAAAUCAUGUUCGAAUGCACUUUAUGAUGCUGAAACAUGCUUUAUUUUCUCUUGGAACAAACUGAAUAAAGCUUUAACUGACUCAAA